AUGUCCAAAACACCCAUCGCCCUCCCAGAAAUCUUCAGCCAAAUUCCACGACACCAGAUCCUUUACCCACACCCAUCACCAAUCCACUCACUCCCAACACUAACCCCGCACAACCCCCCACACCCCCAAAUCUCCAUCUUCGCGAAACGCGAAGACCACGGCGCACCCCUCGCCUGUGCGGGCAACAAAUACCGCAAACUCGAAUACAUCGUUCCGGACAUCCUCUCCGCAAACCCACUACACAAUAACCAUGAAAACCACCCAAGCACAGGCAGGCUGUCCGGUCCCGCCACAAUCCUAGUAACCGAAGGCGCAAUCCAAAGCAACCACACCGUCCAAGUCUCCGCCUUAGCCCGCAAGCUCGGCCUCAAAGCCCUGGUGCUUCUCUCUCGCGGUACAGGCGGGGGUCUACGCGCCAGUCAAGAUCCAACCACAUUCAUCCGAACCGGAAAUGUGCAGAUAAACCGUCUUCUAGGCGCAGAAGUGCGCAUCCUUGAUGAAAACGACCCCCUCGCCUCUGACGCCUUUCCUGUCCUGGAAGAUCUGCGUGCACAGGUCUCCAUCCGCUUGGGGGGGCUAGGUUACGCGCGAGCAGCGUUUGAGAUCGCGGAACAAGAAGUCGAGAUGGGCCUUGGUGGAACGGGCCAGUUUGAUUUUAUCUUCGUUGCGUGUGGGAGUGGAAGUACGAUUGGCGGGUUGAUUGCUGGAUUCCGAAUGCUGGACUCAAUGGGCGAAGAGGCCGGUCGUCAAAUUCGGCCCCGGAGAAGUGUUAUUGGCGUGCUUAACUCGCCGACAAAACCGCGGUCUUACCAUGAAGAACGAGUUCUGUUGUUUGCGCAGCGAGCUAGCGCGCUUGCCGGGUUUGAUACAACGGGGUUUAUUAGUGUUGAUGACGUGAGGCUAGAGGAUCGGUUUGUUGGGACUGGGUAUGGGGUUUUGGAUGUCGAGACGAAAGAGGCUGCGGAACAGAUGGCGAGGAUGGAGGCUGUUGUGCUUGACCCGGUUUACACUGCUAAAGUUGCUCGCGGUAUGCUACAGUGGAUUCAGGAGGAAGAGAUUCGAAAUUUUGCCCGGUUACAUUCUUUGGACAAGGUUAAUGUACUAUUUAUUCAUACCGGGGGUCAGGCUGCAUUAGGUGCAUACGCAGAUUUGAAUUAA